AUGAAUAGGAUAUUGGAAGCAUUGGGACUUGAUGAGAAGCCAAAGACAUUUGGUGGUAGACUGUUGCGAGGUGUACAGAUUGUAUCAAUACCGUUGUUCUUUAUUGUAUUAGCCAUUCGACCAUUGGCAGAGGAAAGGAAUCAACGAGUGAGAGAGGAUAGAGAGAAGUUGGAGGAGAUCAAACGAACACAGAGAGCCAACGAAGUAAAGGAAUUGAUGUACAGGGAGAACCCUCAACUGAAGCAAAUGUUUGAUGAUCUGAAGAACAAGGACAAGAUAUAG